AUGGGAGGACACAAGACUUCGGGUGGAAAUGCCGCCUUCCACAAUUUCGUCAAUGAUUUUGCUGAUGUUGAUGACCCUAUCGAAAGAAGGCGUCUUGCUUUGGAGAAGAUAGAUAACGCCAAAUUCGGCUGGUAUCACGUUAGAGCAAUUUGUGUUGCCGGUGUUGGUUUCAUGACUGAUGCUUAUGAUAUUUUCUCCAUUAACUUGGGUAUUCCAAUGAUUUCUCAGGCUUUCUGGAAUGGCAAUAUUCCGGAGUCGACCGAAACACUUCUUAAGGUCGCAACUUCUGUGGGUACUGUUAUUGGCCAGCUUGGUUUUGGUUACAUGGCUGAUCAUUUGGGACGAAAGAGGAUCUACGGUAGUGAAUUGAUCAUCAUGCUUUGUGCUACAGUGCUCCAAUGUACUGCAGGCCAUUCCGCUGCUAUGUCAUUCCCAGCACUGUUGACAUUCUACAGAAUCAUCAUGGGUAUUGGUAUCGGUGGUGAUUAUCCAAUGUCUUCUAUCAUUACAUCCGAAUUUGCCACUACCAGAUACAGAGGAGCAAUUAUGGGUGCUGUGUUUGCCAACCAAGGUUGGGGUCAGCUGCUUGCCGGUGUUGUUGCUCUUAUCGUUGUCGUUGCAUACAAAAGCGUUUUAAUCAAGGCCGACACUGCUGCUCAGUGCGAUGCUACUUGUGUGAAAUCAUGCGAUCAGAUGUGGAGAAUUCUUAUUGGUAUGGGUGCAAUUCCAGGUUUGAUUGCCCUUUACUUCAGAUUGACCAUUCCUGAGUCCCCAAGAUAUACGUUCGAUGUUUCUAAAGAUACUGACAAAGCUGCAGCAGAUGCAGCUAAAUUCGCCUCCGGGGAACAUGGAAAUGCCGAUGAAUCAGCAAUAAAGAAGCUCGAAGGUACUUCCGCUGAUUCCGAACCUCAAGAUAUCUCGAACACUCCUGCUAAAGGUUCCUGGAAGGACUUCUGGGGACAUUUCGGUCAAUGGAGAUAUGGAAAGAUUUUGCUUGGAACUGCAGGCUGCUGGUUUACCCUUGAUAUUGCAUAUUACGGUCUUGGUUUGAACACUGCUUCCAUUUUGAAGACUAUCGGCUUCGCUUCUUCUAACAAUGUUUACCACUCUCUUUACAAUCAAUCUGCCGGUAACUUGAUUCUUAUCUGUGCCGGUUCUAUUCCUGGUUACUGGGCCUCUGUUGCUACUAUGGACUUUGUGGGAAGAAAACCAAUUCAGAUUUGCGGCUUUUUGAUCAUGACUGCUUUGUUCUGUAUCAUUGGAUUUGCAUACCACAAGCUUGGAGACCACGGACUUUUGGCUCUUUAUGUUUUGUGUCAGUUCUUCCAGAACUUUGGACCUAACAUGACCACAUUCGUCAUUCCUGGUGAGUGUUAUCCAACCAGAUACAGAUCUACUGCCCAUGGUAUGUCUGCAGCAUCAGGAAAAAUCGGUGCCAUUAUUGCUCAAACUUGUAUUGGUACUUUGCAGAACCACAACUGUGCUAGAGAUGGUAAACCAAAGAACUGUUGGUUGCCUCAUGUCAUGGAGAUAUUUGCUCUCUUUAUGCUUGUUGGUUUCUUCCUUUCAUUCUUGGUGCCAGAGACUAAGAGAAAGACUUUGGAAGAAUUGGCAGAGGAGCUCCAUGGCGAGAUAGAUAUUACAAAGAACCACGUGACCAAGGAAAAGGUCAAGACAGGAUCAUCUUCCGACGAUGAUGAAAAGGGAAGCAAGUCUGGAUUGCUUGUCUAA